AUGAAGCUUAUUUCGCUUGUCAAAAACGUUCAUUCUCGCAAAUGUCAACCCAUCGCAAACUGGUCUGUGCAAGUGCGGUUCUUGNAGCAAGAUUCUGUCUCGAAAGCUAAACCCAAGAAAUACAAAUACCCGUCGGUUUAUGAUCCGUAUGGUCCNAGACCCCAACCUUCAAACAAAAUCGUUGAGCUAGCUGAACGUAUAGCUGCACUAUCUCCAGAAGAACGGAGACANAUUGGUUCUGCACUCAAUGAACACCUGAGGCUUCCAAAACAGCAUAUGAUUUCAUCGGAAGGCAUGAGUACGGGAGCAAAACAAGAUGCUGGAGCCGAAAUAGCAGUGGUAAAGGAGAAGACNGUUUUCGAUGUGAAGCUGGAGAAGUUUGAUACAACUGCAAAGGUCAAAGUGAUCAAAGANGUGAGAGCGUUCACGAACUUGGGUCUGAAAGAAGCGAAAGAGCUUGUGGAGAAAGCCCCGAUCGUGCUUAAACAAGGUUUGACGAAGGAAGAAGCUAACGAACUCAUAGCAAAGAUCAAAGCUGCUGGUGGAUCCGCAGUUAUGGACCAUUUGCCAAAAAAAACAAUCAUCAAAGAGCUUCUUGAUUCAGUUUCAAUGGCGAUCCACAAGCUUCCAUUUCUUCUCCUUCUCUCAAUCAUCCUUCUCUUCCUCAAUCGCCCUGUCCUUAGCGAUACCGAUGAAGAAGAUAUUCUUUUCAGAGACCUAAACAGCUACAGAACAUCACAGAACCUAACAAUCUUAAACAAGAACGAAAACGCAGAAUGUUUAGCAGACGAAAUCGCAGACCAAUUCAAGAACAGACCAUGCACCAACGACACUGGUUCAGCUACAGUACCUGGAACCGAACCACAGUUCCCAAACUUCCCUCAGAUUCUAGCUAAAUGUCACUUAAACGUCUCUGACACUAGAGACGGUUCGAUUAUGCCUGCAUGUGUUCCUCGUUUAGAAUCAAACCUCGUACUAACAAACUUCACAAAAUCACAAUACUCUUUGAGUUUGAAUGAUUCAAAGUUUACAGGGAUUGGUAUUGGUACAGAAGAUAAUUGGAUCGUUGUUGUUCUUACUACAAGCACACCAGAAGGAAGCUAUUCUACUGCUACAAAUACAAAACACGAUCAUGAUGAUGAUUCAAAUGGCUUCACUUUUAGUAUUGGUCUCGAUAUUCUCGGAUCGGUUCGCCGAUCUUUGGUUUUCCGGUCGUCUUUGGCCGGAGACGAUGGUAGUGGCGGCGGCGGAGGUCUCAGCGGAUUCGUCGGGAAGAUUAAUUCCAGUAUCCGUAGCUCUCGAAUCGGUCUAUUCACUAAACCUCCUCCGGGACUUCCUGCUCCUAGAAAGGAAGAAACGCCGUCGAUUCGGUGGAGGAAAGGGGAAUUAAUCGGUUGUGGUGCUUUUGGGAGGGUUUAUAUGGGGAUGAAUCUCGAUUCCGGCGAGCUUCUUGCAAUUAAGCAGGUUUUAAUCGCUCCAAAUAGUGCUUCAAAGGAGAAGACUCAGGGCCAUAUCCGAGAGCUUGAGGAAGAAGUACAACUUCUCAAGAAUCUUUCGCAUCCAAACAUUGUUAGAUACUUGGGUACUGUAAGAGAGAGUGAUUCGUUGAAUAUAUUGAUGGAAUUUGUUCCCGGUGGAUCGAUUUCAUCUCUGUUGGAGAAGUUUGGAUCUUUUCCUGAGCCAGUAAUUAUAAUGUACACAAAGCAACUUUUGCUUGGUUUGGAGUAUCUUCACAACAAUGGUAUCAUGCAUAGAGAUAUCAAGGGGGCAAAUAUUUUGGUCGAUAACAAAGGUUGCAUCAGACUUGCAGAUUUUGGUGCUUCCAAGAAAGUUGUAGAGCUAGCUACUGUAAAUGGUGCCAAAUCGAUGAAGGGAACUCCGUAUUGGAUGGCUCCUGAAGUCAUUCUACAGACAGGUCAUAGCUUCUCUGCUGAUAUAUGGAGUGUUGGAUGCACUGUAAUAGAGAUGGCUACAGGGAAACCUCCCUGGAGUGAGCAGUAUCAGCAGUUUGCCGCUGUCCUUCAUAUUGGUAGAACAAAAGCUCAUCCACCAAUUCCAGAAGACCUCUCACCAGAGGCUAAAGACUUUCUAUUGAAAUGCUUACACAAGGAACCAAGCUUGAGACUCUCUGCAUCCGAAUUGCUUCAGCACCCGUUUGUCACUGGAGAGCACCUGGAAUCUCAUCCAGCUUCCCGUAAUUCUCUUACGGAAUGCGGAAACUCAAUUCCCACACAAGGAAUAAAUGUUAGGAAUUCAAUGAACUCUUUGAUCAGGAGGUCAACCUAUUCAGGCUUGAAGGAUGUCUGUGAACUCGGAAGCUUGAGAAGUUCCAUUAUACACCCAGAGAAGUCAAAUAACUCAGGAUUCUGUUGGCGAGAUGGCGACUCCGAUGACCUUUGUCAGACUGAUAUGGAUGAUCUCUGCAACAUUGCAUCAGUCAGUAACAAUGUUUUGUCACAAUCCACCGAUUUAAAUAAGAGUUUUAAUCCCAUGAGUGAUUCCACGGAUAACUGGUCAUGCAAGUUUGAUGAAAGCCCAGAAGUGAUGAGAAGCAAAUCCAACUUGGUUUCUUACCAAGCUGCUGAAGUCAAAUCUGGGGUUCCAUGUGAUGCAGAAACCACCUCAGCAUUUGCUGGUAGCUCUUCAAUUGCCGAGGAUGAUUAUAAAGCCACGGAGUUGAAGAUAAAAUCAUUUUUGGAUGAGAAGGCUCAAGAUUUGAAAAAGUUGCAGACCCCUCUGCUCGAAGAAUUCCACAAUGCGAUGAAUCCAGGAACACGACAAGGUGCACUUGGAGACACCAAUAGCUACAAUUUACCAAACCUACCAACUAUAAGCAAGUCACCCAAACGACUUCCGAGCAGACGACUCUCAGCAAUAAGCGAUGCAAUGCCUAGCCCAGUCAAAAGCUCAAAACGUACACUGAACACAAACAGAGUGAUGCAGCCAGGAACCGAACCAAGUCAUGUCAACGAGUCAACCAAGAAGGGACUAACUAAUAGCCGUUGUUUUUCAGAGAUACGACGGAAAUGGGAAGAAGAACUCUAUGAAGAGCUUGAACUGCAUCGAGGCAAAAUCUACGACAUGCCGGUGCAGGGGGGAAAUCUCCAUUCUCAGCUCAUAAAGGAUAGAGAACGGCUAAGAGAAGGGACUUUUCAAGCAUUCCAGCUUGCCCAAGAAAUGUCUCAUCUGACUCAGCUCUUGAAAAGAACCAUCAAAGUCUACAAGAGGCAAAAGGUUCCUCCACCUCGUGGAAAGAACCGAUGUGGAAGCAACCACUUUGGUCGGAAGUAA